AUGGCCUCUGUGCCUAGUCAACCAACCUCAGUGACACCCCAGAAACAGUUCCCCCCAAAAAGCCCCAAAGCGCCCAAAGAAGGCUGGGUUCCAGUGUCGGACAGGUCGCCACGUGCAUUGCAGUGCUUAAGAGAGUGCAGCGACAGCGCCGCUGUUGAAGCGCCCAUGGCUGUCCCUCCGGGCCUCUGGCCCUGCCUGUUGGCCGUCGGGCUGAGCGCCCUCUCCCUGGCCGCCGUUUCGCGAGCGUCCAGUCUCGUGGAGAUCCCGGUGGAGCACUCGCUGGGGGACGGACGUUUCGUGGCUGCUGGCGUGCUGAUAGGCGAGAUCUCCCGCCAGGGAGGGAUUAUGGGCCCGCUGAGAUUCGCACGCAAUAAACUCAGCAAACAAGAAGUGAAACAGAUCCAGGUGCUUUUGGAGGAGGACAGAAACUAUCGCAUUCGGCUGCCUGGCGACCCCAUCAACAAAGGAAGCGCAUAUGUGAUGGCAAGCCUGCGAACCCGCUGCCUUGCACAAUCUGGUUUUGAGGAGUCUCUGCAUCUUGAACUCACAGAGGACAACCGUAUUGUUGGCCUGGACUACCAGCCGGCGAACGGACGAUGUGAUCCAUUAGAUGGCAUGGACUCGACCGUGGGGGUCACACCUGCAUUCAGUGAAGAAACCACAGUGCUGUACCGAUAUCCAUCGAAAGAGCCAACACUGUCAAUGGAUGAUAUUGCAACAGCAAUUGAAGAAGAGGGCGAUCUUUCAGCUGGUGUGGACAAGCCACCUGGUGUUGCAGGCAGACGGAAGGGAAAGAAAGAGAAGACAUGGGUGGAAAAGAACUGGAUGUUCCUAUUGGCAGGCGGUGUCAUACUGAUGCAAGUCCUGGGCAGCGUUGCCGGAGCAGAAGGACCAGGAGGGGAGGGAGGGGCAGCAGCAGGGCAAAGAGGGCCUGGGAGGAGACGAUGA